UCUUGUUGCGUGCCUGCUGCUGAGGUCGAUCAGCUGCACCCCUGUCCACCAGUUGAUCCGAAAGCUAAAAAGAGAAGCGAGCAGCAGCAGAGGGGAGAAUCAGAGGCUCUGCUGCUGCUGCUGUGCUAGUGGUGUGGUGACUCUUUUUAGACAUCUUUUCUGCGCAAUAUCUGGUCUGCAACAGCGAGGAAAAACACUUGCUUCUUCCGAGGUUACUUACUGGCGCCUUUGAGUGCGGGCUCCAACGUGAUUAUCGUGUGUAGGACAGGGAUCCAGCUCAACGGUACUCACCCUGCGGCUGCUGUUUUGAGGACUUCUGGGAGGGGCAACAAUAGGCGCGGUGCCUUCCUCGUGUGUUCUCAAAACGUGCUAUUAGCUAGGUACAUAAGCCAACUGAUGAUGUGGCACAGGAGGCGGCGUGGUGUGCCGGUGCUGCUAGCCUUGAUUGCAGGACCGGCAACAUCGGAGUAUACACAUGCAGCAGCGGCGGCGGCGGCGGCGGCGGCGGCGACGUCUUCGCCUUCAAGCACGAUCCUCCAGAGGUUCCACGACGUGCUCGAGACGAACUCCAGGUCCUUGUGA